AAACAAUAUUCCUUCUCGACCCAUCUCACGGAAGAUUUGCUUUAGUAAUUCGAUCGCUAGCUCGUGCUGUGCCAUCCGUCAGUCCGGCCGUGUGAUCAAUUAACGACGCUCGGGAGCUUAGCUAGCCAGUGGCAUGGAGCUGGAGAUGGGGAGCCACGCGGCGCUGAUCAAGGUCGGGGUGUUCGUGCUAGUGCAGGCGCUGGUGUACCUCAUCCUCGCCCAGUCCUCCGGCGUCUUCUCCAGGGCCAAGAGCCACGGCCUCCGCCCGGCGCGCUCCCUCAGCGCGCGCGGCAUGGUCGCGCUGCUUUCCGACAUGCCGCUCGGCGGGGAGCCGUCGCCUCGCGCCGUCUCCGGCGUGGAGCAGUCGCCCGUACCGAGCGCCCACCAGAAGAAGGAUUAACUCCACUCUCGAAGGAAAAAAAAUUAAAUGGAGGAGGAUGGUUAACUCGAGGCCAUUUUACCUUUUGGUGGUUGAUGAAUGAUGAUACUUUAGCUGAUUCCCACUUCUUUCUAACAGCAAGUGGCUAGUGUAGGCGUGUAGUUAUGGAAGAUUACCAUUCUUUGAUUGAUCUGUUUAAAAGAUGUGACCAUGUGUUGCUGUAUCUGGUCGUGGUUCAAUUGUUCUUGUGUUUUGAGCAGAGAUUUGUGGUGAACGAAGCAGUGUUGGCACACGAUGGUGAUGCGUUGAUCGUUGUCCUAGUCAACGUACAACCAUUGGAUUUCGCCCACUUGUCA